AUGUCCCGCAAACGGCGCAACACCUCGUCGCCCGAAGCCGACUCCCCACCCGCGCCGAAGAGACACAACCCGGCGGCGGUGACGGCGCACAACGCUACCGCAUCAGAGUACGACAGCUCAGACGACGAGGAAAGCAAAGAGAAGCCGCAGUUCAAUGAAUACACGGGGCAGGCGGGUGCGUUCCCGGGCCUUGGGAAGGACAGCGAUGAGCUGUUCUACGGGCCUGCGUCAGAUGGCCUCGAGUAUUUGCGCAUGGUCCGGUCCGAAGCGAAAGGCGUGCCGCAGAUCCUGAGCGUCGUUCCCGCGACGACGACGCAGAACAUCGCCUCCAACGGAAGACAGCAUGGAACCUCAAACCACAACCACAUCGAAGACGGAGGAGGCUACUACCACGACGGCACCUACACAGCGCUAACCCGCGCCUCCGACAAACGGACCGACGACGACAGCCCAGCCUCGCACGCCCUACCACCUGCACAAGAACACUACCAUGCGGCACUGCUAUCGCAAUUCCACGUCCUACAGAAAACCCUCCGCUGCACACCGCCCCUGGAGACCAUCUCGUCGCUGCCGGCAUCAUCACUGAUCUCGCUGCCCGAAGACUCUCGCAAAGCGCGCACGCGUUGGGAAGCGCUCGUGUGCACGCACGACCCGCAUCCCGCACAGCUGGCCGUCAUGGACGCGGCAUCCGUGCUCGAGCUGGUCAAGCUGCUGCGCACGAAGCUGAUCCACCUGCUGCACGGUGGGGAUGUCAGGCGUGUCAGACGCGUUGGCGCGUGGCUUUGGAGCGUGCUGGGCAAGUGUCGCGAUCGGGGCGAGUUGGCGAGUGAGGAGGUCGGUGAGUUGAGGUUGCUUGCGCAGAGGGCUGUUUAUCUCCUGAUACGAGACGGUGGAGUGGAGGGUGAUGUGGCUUUGUUGGAUGCCGAUGCCGAUGCCGAUGAUGUUGACGGUGGUAGUCAAGAUGGGGUGACUAAGAGCGAGAAGAUGGUGGAAGUGGAAGUGGAAGAGGAGGGCGAGCUGCUAUUUGAUGAUGACGGUAGUGCUGGAGUGGAUGUUGGAUCGACUGCGGAUCGAGAUCAACUAGUGGCCGUGACGCUUGACAUGGUCAUUACAGUGGUAGGAGAAGUCUAUGGCCAAAGAGAUCUACUCGAAUCCAGGAGAAAAUGGCAAGAAAAGAAGAUUCCGAUUUGA